UACAAAAGUAAUUGUAAAGGAGCUUUCAAUCGAUAGACUGUUUUUUUUUUUUUUCUUUUUUCUGAAAUUGGUCAGUCGUUGUUCAUAUUUUGAGAGGGAGUAUCUGUGCAUUUUCUGGUCUUAAAACAAAUAAAAGAUAAAAGACUAAAAAAACAUAAAUUACAAAGAUGUCCCUUUUAACAGGCAGUGCUAAUUGCAUUAAGUACACACUCUUUGGAUUCAAUUUAGUGUUUGUGCUAACUGGAAUAAUUUUAAUUGCUGUUGGUAUUGGUGUUUCAGCUGUUUACAGCGAAUAUGAAAUCUUUUUGGUAUCGAAUUUCUUUUCGAUUCCAACCUUUUUAAUUGUUAUUGGAAUUUUAAUAUUCAUCAUUUCAUUCGUUGGAUGUUGGGGUGCUCUCAAAGAAAACUACUGUUUCAUUUUGAUCUUUUCCGCUUUAUUGGGCAUAAUUUUCAUUUUGGAAAUAUCAGCUGGUAUCAGUGGAUAUGUGUUGAGAGGCGAUGCUGAAAAGUUUGUUGAUAAAAGAUUAAAAGAAACCAUUUUGAAUUACAAUAAAGAUGGUUAUGAUGGAACAACAUUUCUCUGGGAUUCAAUUCAAAGACAAUACCGCUGUUGUGGUGUAGAUAAGUAUACUGAUUGGCAGCCUGUUAAUAAUAACUCAUUACCAUUGAGUUGUUGUACAAUUCCUGAUGGAACAGUUGGUCCAUUUUCGUGCUCAUAUUAUGUUGAAGAUAAAAAUCGUUCCCAAGAUGGAUGCCUUAAAGGAUUUACUGAUUUUGUAAGAUCGCAUGCCUUAAGUCUUGGUGCAGCUGGUGUUAUAAUUGGUGUUAUUCAGUUCUUUGGAGUUCUAUUUGCUGUUUACAUCGCACGUGAGGUUAAAAUAAGAAAUGGCAUUACUGGUUGGUUCUAAGAAAUUCAUACUUUAGCUGUUGUUUUAAUCUUAAUUGUAUAAGUUUUUUUUUUUUUUAAUGUAAUUAUUUUUUUUUUAUUUGUAUACGUAUGUGAUUUUGUUAGUGCCAAUGUUUAAAAAAUUAAACAAAAUGACAACAUGUUUUUUUUUAAGUCAAAAUAAAAUGGUCCAAAC